UCUUGAAGAUGGUUUCAGCAAACGAUUCAAAGAAAUCUGAUCCACAUGUCUGCAUCAUCGGUGCUGGAUUGGCGGGGCUGACUUCAGCUAGAUAUCUUAAUGAAGAAGGCAUCAAGUUCACAGUUUUAGAAACCACUAGAUACGUGGGUGGUACCUGGCGAUAUGACCCUAGAGUUGGGACUGAUGAGAACGGCAUGCGUCUGCACACCAGAAUGUAUAAAUAUCUAAGAACAAACUUGCCGAAACCCACAAUGGAGCUAAGAGGGUUCAAGAUGUCCGACGAUCUGCCGUCUUUCCCCAGCUGGAAACAGUACUACGAUUAUAUUCAAGAAUACGUCAAACAUUAUGAUUUGGAACCACAUAUAAAGUUUCUUCAUAACGUGGAAUCAAUAUCGAGAGUUGAAAGCGGUUGGCGGAUAAAAUAUAAGAACGUCGUCACACACGAAGAAUUUGUUGAAGAUUUCGAUUACGUUUUCAUUGGCACGGGGCGUUAUACCAAACCAAAAAUACCAAACUUUCAGGGGAUAGAAAAAUUUGUUGGGUCAGUAGUACACAGCCACGACUACAAGGAGCCCAGCCGAUACCAGGGUCGCAGGGUGCUGGUGGUCGGUGCGGGUCCAUCCGGUCACGACAUCGGCAUCGACAUCGCCAAGGCCAGCAGCAGGCUCAUACACAGUCACCACUCAGACACGGCCUUCAUCACUGGGGACUUCCCCGAGCACUACGUAGGAAAACCCGACGUCAGGGAGUUCAAGGACACUGGUGUUGUCUUUGACGAUGGCAGCUACGAGGAGGUUGAUGAUGUUGUUUUGUGUACUGGCUACUACCUGGACUAUCCGUACAUAGACGCGAGCUGCGGCCUGACCAUCACCCUGGACAGUGUGACGCCCCUGCACAAGACCAUCGUUAACAUCCACCACCCAUCCAUGAUGUUCAUUGGGGUCAUGAUAGCCGCUUGUAAUGUCGUCGCCAUUGAUGCUCAGGCACGAUAUGCAACAGCUUUGGUCAAAGGCAAGUUCAGCCUUCCACCAAAAGAACAGAUGUUAGAGGACUGGCAGCAGAAAGCUGAAGAUAUUCUGUCAAGAGGCCGGCCGAUGUCAGAUAUGCACGUUCUUGAUGAUUAUGAGGAUGAUUACUACGCAGAACUAACAGCAGAAUCUGGAAUAGAAAGAGUGCCGCCCGUGUUGUUUAAAAUCAAACUCAAGGAUGCAUCGGACAAGAGAACGAACCUUUACACGUAUAGAAAGUAUACCUACACUGGGAAGACACGUGUUUGUGUUAUCGGUGCAGGGCUAGCUGGACUCACUUCGGCUAAAUACUUAAAGGACGAAGGUAUAGACUUCACAGUAUUAGAGUCGUCCCAGUACGUCGGUGGUACCUGGCGAUAUGACCCCAGGGUUGGGACUGAUGAGUACGGCAUACCACUUCACACCAGCAUGUACAAGCAUUUAAGGACCAAUUUACCAAAACCCACAAUGGAGCUCACAGGCUUUAAGAUUCCUGAAGAUCUGCCAUCAUAUCCGACGUGGAAGCAGUAUUAUAAAUAUAUUUUAGAUUAUGUAAAACAUUUUAAAUUAGAACCACACAUAAAAUUUCUUCACAAUGUGGUCUUAGUUUCAAGAGUUGAAGAUAGUUGGAGAGUCGAAUAUCAAAAUGUAGUCACUAAGGAAAUGUAUGUGGAAUACUACGACUUUGUGUUUGUCGGCACAGGACACACGACUACGCCGCUUAUGCCGAAUAUUCCUGGCACUGCAAAAUUCAAUGGAUCAGUCAUUCACAGUCACGACUAUAGAGAGCCAGACCGCUACGAGGGUCGAAGAGUGCUGAUCGUCGGCGGGGGUCCAUCCGGAAUGGACAUCGGCAUCGACGUGGCCGAAGUCUGCAAGAGACUGAUCCACAGUCACCACUCUAAGGCGAACUUCCGAACGAAGUUCCCUCCACACUACUUAAAAAAACCCGACGUGAAGGAGUUCAAUGAGACUGGUGUGAUAUUCGUCGACGGUACCUACGAGGAGAUUGAUGACGUCAUCUUGUGUACUGGCUACCAAUACUACUAUCCGUUCCUGGACAAGAGCUGCGGACUGGACAUUCGGCCCCGCAGCGUGACGCCGCUGUACCAGUACAUGGUGAACGUCAACCAGCCCAGCAUGGUGCUGAUGAGCCUGGUCGUCCGCGCGUGCGUGGUCGCCGCUAUCGAUGCGCAGGCGCGAUAUGCAACAGCACUAGCUAAAGGUAACUUCACCCUGCCGCCCAAAGAGAAGAUGAUGGAGGAAUGGCAGAAGAGAGCUGACAUCAUUCGUUCUAGAGGACGGCCCAUAUCGGAUAUCCAUUUCCUAGCAGAAAGAGAAGAUGAAUACUACGAACAUCUCUCAAUAGAGUCGGGAACAUUUAGAGUGCCGCCUGUCAUGGCCAAAAUUCGCGUUAACGACACCGAAGCAAAAAUAGAGAAUCUCUACACGUACAGAAAUUAUGAAUACAUUGUUUUGGAUAAAGAAAACUUUGUGAGAAGAUUGACUGACGAAAAAGAUAGAUAUAAAUACAAAUUCGGUCCAUAAUUUCUCUUUCAAUCUAUCUUAUUUAUCAAUCUUAACACAAGAAUUUCUGCAGCUACUAAGAAUGGAUAAAAUCAUAUUACUAAGAAACAUUACUAGCUAAGUGUAUUGUACUAAUGUUAUAGAACAAAACAUCAAUCAAAUAAUGUAAAAGCUUUAUUACAUGUAAUUAAUUCUAUAGAUUCUGAUAUUAUAAGGCAUUGGUAAAAUUUUA